AUGGCACGCGUUGCUGGCACUCCGCCCAUCGAGGACGACAUGUCCCAUGGCGAGGAGGAGGAGGAGGUGCCCGCUGGCCUCCCGCCGCAGGUGAAGACCUCGACGACCAACCACCAGCUGGUGGUCGUGUCCUGCUACACGCGCUUCGACAACCUGGCUCACGGACCUCGUGGAACGGAAGCCAAGCGCAGUCUCUACACCUUCCGUAUGGACCCGAGCGACGGCCAGAUGCUCAUGCUGUCGGUGUCGACGGAGGCGGCGAUGAACCCGGCCUUCUCGCGCUUCCACCCGAGCAAGAACGUGCUCUACACCUGCACCGAGUCCGUGGCCGAGAACGGCAUCAUCGACGCCUGGAGCAUGCCGCCCAGAGACGGGGGCAAGCUCACCAAGCUCUCCAGCACCAGCGCGGAGGGCACGUCGACCUGCUACCUGACGUUGGACAAGGCAUGCGAGAACAUGCUCGUGGUGAAUUAUUGGAACGCCACCAUCGGCGUGUUUGGCAUCGAUAAGAAGACCGGGGCGCUCACCGGCCUCCGCUCCCUCUACGACCCCAACGAGGGCAAGCCCAUGAAGGCGCGCGCCGACAAGCACGUGAACCACUCCAUCAACGACGAGGGCGCCCAGAAGGAGCGCCAGGCCGACCCGCACUCCCACGCGGUCAUCCUGGACCCCGUCUUCGGCAAGAUCGCGUACGUCCCAGACUUGGGCAUGGACCUGAUCCGCCAGUUCAAGUACGACAAGGCGACGCUCACCGCGGCCGGGACCAUGCCGUCGGGCCCCCCAGGGCGCAGGGCCCUCGGCCCGCGCUACCUGGAGUUCCACCCGAGUCUGCCCUUCACCUACGUCGUCAACGAGCUCUCCUCGGAGGUGUCCGUCUUCGAGUUCGACUCGCAGGCUGCAGAGGAGCUCAUCAGCGGCAAGGUGGAGGCCAAGGACGCACGUCCCACGUUGAAGCUGAAGCAG